AAGGCAAGAACGAUGAAUACUCUGCAUCUCCCGAGACGCAUCACCGUAAAUACUGUACGGACAAUGCAGAAACCAGUUUGACCAUAAAUCAGCUUUGCUAAAACGCCCAAUCGGGAAAAAGCUAAACCCGGAAGUAAUUUAUCCAGCUGUUGGUGUGUGUGAGAGAGAAACAUAGAGAGAGAAACAGAGAGAGAGGAGAUGGUGGUUGUUUGUGGCUUUCUUUGGGAUGAAAAUAAUACACCGUAUAAAAAUGUAACCGACGACAUAAAUCCACGUCUGGUCUCAAACAAGGAACAUUGUGGUAUUUGGGCCUGGAUGAGGUCUUGUAGCCAACCAUGUUCCCCUGCUCCACCACAACACAGCAGACCAGAGGAGAGGAGUAGACAGACAGUAGAAUUCAAUGUCAUUGUGAAGAGGACAUUGUGAGUGCAGGAUGCAGUCUUCAGGCCACCGGCAGCGCGACACAGAGCAGCACCAACCCCUGCUGUCAGCUGACGAUGACCCUGAGGCUGGGGCAGGUCCUCUGUGUCCUCCGGCUGACCAGGACGGCCUGUGGUUUAUCCAGGACGGCUGUGGUAUAGUCUGUGGUGUGGUGACCUGGUUGUUGGUCCUCUACGCUGACUUUGUGGUCAAUCUGGUGAUGCUGCUGCCAAACAAGAGCUUGUGGUACUCCGUGAUCAACGGAGCGCUGUUUAACUUCCUGGUCGUCAUGGCGCUGGCCUCGCAUCUACGGGCCAUGCUGUCAGACCCGGGGGCGGUUCCUAAGGGCAACGCCACCAAAGAGUACAUGGACAGUCUGCAGCUGAAACCUGGAGAGGUCAUCUAUAAAUGUCCCAAGUGUUGCAGCAUCAAGCCACAGAGGGCCCAUCACUGCAGUAUCUGUAAGCGCUGUAUCCGUAAGAUGGACCACCACUGUCCCUGGGUCAACAACUGUGUCGGGGAGAAGAACCAGCGCUUCUUUGUGCUCUUCACUAUGUACAUAGCUCUGAUCUCGGUCUACGCCCUCUGCCUCAGUUUCCUACAGUUCUACAGCUGUGUCAAUGACCAGUGGAAUGAAUGCACCAACUUCUCUCCGCCAGUGGCGGUGAUGCUGAUGAUCUUCCUCUGUCUGGAGGCCUUCCUCUUCCUCACCUUCACCGUGGUGAUGUUCGGAACGCAGAUACACUCCAUCUGCAACGAUGAGACGGAGAUCGAGCGUCUGAAGAAUGAGAAGCCGACGUGGGAGCGGCGUGUGCGCUGGGAGGGGAUGAAGGCCGUGUUCGGAGGCCCGCCCUCCUUCCUCUGGUUCAACCCAUUCGCCGGCCUGCGUCUGCGGCGCCUACUGAUGACACGUACUACACGCCAUAGUGGUGUGGAGUUCUCUGUCUGAGGGCUGAGCAGCCAAACACAGCUCUUCCCUGUCUGAUACCCCCGGGCCUCUCUGGACAGUCUGAUACCCCCGGGCCUCUCUGGACAGUCUGAUACCCCCGGGCCUCUCUGGACAGUCUGAUACCCCCGGGCCUCUCUGGACAGUCUGAUACCCCCGGGCCUCUCUGGACAGUCUGAUACCCCCGGGCCUCUCUGGACAGUCUGAUACCCCCGGGCCUCUCUGGACAGUCUGAUACCCCCGGGCCUCUCUGGACAGUCUGAUACCCCCGGGCCUCUCUGUACAGUCUGAUACCCCCGGGCCUCUCUGGACAGUCUGAUACCCCCGGGCCUCUCUGGACAGUCUGAUACCCCCGGGCCUCUCUGGACAGUCUGAUACCCCCGGGCCUCUCUGGACCGUUGAACACACUUUGGGCUUUAUCUGGGUCAGUCUGUCCACACAGAGAGACUAGGGCUAAAUAUGGGUCUGGGUCUGGGUCAGUCCUCUACACAGAGAGACUGGGGCUGAAUAUGGGUCUGUUUCUGGGUCAGUCCUCUACACAGAGAGACUAGGGCUAAAUAUGGGUCUGGGUCAGUUCUCUACACAGAGAGACUGGGGCUGAAUAUGGGUCUGUUUCUGGGUCAGUCCUCUACACAGAGAGCCUGGGGCUGAAUCUCAAGCUGAACCCUUGGCCGCUAAUCCCUUUGUGUUUGAUAGUGAUCACUCAACUGCCACUGUUCUGGGACAGGGAGAGACCAGCCUGCCCUUCUCUACUGUGAGCCCCAUUCAGUCAGCCAGUCAGUCAGCCAGUCAGCC